AUGCCAUGCAAUUGGGAUUUGCUGCAUAAGCUCUCCAUUCUCCACUCAUGGAAAGAGGUCCCCGAGUCUUUGAAGAAGAUGAUUUGGGAAGAUACUAUGAAUCAAUUCCAUAUUCCAAACGAUGAAGCGAAGAAGAAUCUGUUUCUAUCCGCAGUUGCCCAAAGGUUCCGAGACUUCAAGGCCAAGCUAGUGUCGGGGUGGAUCACGAAGCGGAGAAAAGUCGGGGGAACAAAGAAGAAGAAAAUCUACGACGGGGAAGCAACACCUUCUUCUGAGGCUUCACGUGACACAUCAUUCGAGGAUCCCUCCAAGCUUCCAUAUCAGAUAUGGAGGCAUAUCACAGCUGAGCAGUGGCAUGCAUUUGUUGCACAAAAAACAACUACCCCAGAAGUUGUUGCAAUUCGUGAGCAAAAUAGCGCGAAUGCAAAAUCUAGGAAGCACUACCACCAUACAAUGAUGUGA